CUCUAGCUUCCAGUAACACAUAUGCCAUAUUCAAUUUUCUCAUUUAUCUGAAUCAUUAGAAGAGAUGAAAAAAGUUUUGAGGAGAAAUGAUUACUCAAGAAAUUCUACAAAUUCAUCCUUUACCAUGAGGAGAGUGAGAUAUGUUGAGUGCCAGAGAAAUCAUGCUGCUAGUGUCGGUGGAUACGUUAUCGAUGGGUGCCGGGAGUACAUGCCCGAGGGCACUACUUCCGGCACCCUAAAUUGUGCAGCCUGUGGCUGCCACCGCAAUUUCCACAGAAGGGAAGUGGAAACUGAUGUUGCUUCUGAAUGUACUUCCGCUUCUUCUACUACUAAAUGAAGAAGUAAGUUUAAUUUUUAUGUGUGUGUGAAAUUUUAUGGGAAGGGAUUUCUAAUUUCCCUAUUUGGAAGCUUGUGUUCUAUAAUUUCCCUAUUUGUGUGUGUGUGAAUAAGGUGUGAAAUCGUUUGUAAUGAUUUGCAUGUUGAUGGUCAAGAAUAUAAUGAACCUUUUAUUUAUAUGUAAUAAAAUUAGUAAUGAAUUUAGGGGAGAAAAGAUGUGUUUCUAUUUUGAUUAGA